AAUUCGAAGAAAGGAAAAUGUAAAAACUUAGCCCACUUGGAAGUCAGUAAUGGAGUUUUACGCGAGAGGAAAGAAGAAUUUCUACCAGCCGAGUGCGAGUCGAAGUUACCAACCAGAUAUCGAUGCCGGAUUGCUCGCUCAUGUUCGAGAAGAGGUUUUCAAACGCGAAGAGGAGCAGAAAAAACAACAAGAAAUUUACAACGUCAAGAAGGCUGAAGACGAAAAACGAAGAAAGUUAACCGCUCAAAUACAGUCCAUCGUGGCCAAGUUACCCAUCAUCUACCAAGAAAAAAUGACAGCUGAGAUAGUAAAUUCCCUGGCACUAUCCCUGAUGGAUGGGACAGUUUUUGAAAUUGUUCGAGGCCUGGAGGAUAUCCAACAAUUAACUGAGAGAAAUUUGCUCAACAAAAGAAUGAAGGUUAUCAAUGGUCAGAAAGCUGAGAGGCUGGAGCAAAAUAAAAGUCACAAAGCAGCUAUUGAUGCAUGUGCAAACAAACCACAUCACCUUCCUGUAAUAAGAAAGAAACAUGAACAAGAAAAGGCAAAUCAAGAAAGCCGACUUGCACAAGAACUUGUGCAAUUGGAUCAAAAGUUAGUGCUAGAGUUGGAUCGUGUUGUUGCAGAUCAACAAACCACUAUGCAAAGAGCCGGUGUACCGAUGUUCCACCUCACAAAUGAUUCCACAGAGAUUCAACUUCAAAUGUACAUUUUAGACAUAAUAACUAAACUUAGCGGAAGCUGAUAUAAUUAAAGCUCAGUCAAUGCCGA